AUGGCCUCAGUCACCGAGCCGUCCAACUGGAAAAGUGAGUUGCUUGGCUUUGAUGAUGAUGACGACGUUGAUCAUAAUGACGUUAAUGAUGAUGAUGAUGAUGAUGAUUAUGAUGAUGAUGACUGCAUUCGGUGUUUUUUGUUGUUGUUUUGUUUUUUGUCUUUUUAAUUUUCAACUUAAAAGAUAAUGGCAAAUGACAGGGCUCCUGCAAAUGAUUUGCUUAUAGUUUAUAGGGGGCCUUUAGAGUCAGCUAUCACUACCUGGUACUCAAGCAAAUCUUAUCGGUGAAAGUUAAGAAUUUGUUUUGCUCAGUAGAGUCUUAUUAUACAUGAUAUAAAAAAAUUUUUUUUCAGAUGCUGAUGUUUUCGAGGACACUUCAGUGAGUAGAGUCCAAGUUUAUGUCAGAAUUCGUCCUAUAGUUCAGGGUGACGUCACAAGCAUUACCGGAAAGGGGGCGGUGAGCGUUGAAGCUCCUGAUCUUACUCAGGUGGGUGAACUGUGUAACGAUUCCAAAUGGGUGUUGUAAAAUCGAUAUCGGAGAAGUCUUUUACUUGUUGUAUCGUUGUUUCAAGUCAAUGGGGUGGCGCGCCAACCGCGCGAGAAGCGAGGGCUUGCGCGGUCUUCACUCGCGUGAAACGUGUGAUAUUCCACCAGCUUUGAAGAAAAAAGGAGGCUAUUACAAGUCUCAGUAGUAAAUUCAUAUAUAACAGAAGGUAUGAAGCACUACAGUUACUAUUGCAGACUUAAAUGGAACAAUCAACCAGACGUAAUUCAUAAACUCGAAUCAUAAAAAAAACGAAAUCUUUAAACACAGUCCUAAAAAAUAGUGUUAUUUUACUAACUUAGCAUUGCAAUUGUAGCGUUCUUUGACUGCAGAAAAGUAAGGCUAAUACUAUACAAUAUAAGCUGCGUAGUCGCCGUCGGGUCUAAAGCAAAUAAUCUCACUGAAUGCUUUCCGAGUGGUGUAGUGUAACGUAUGACUAAUAUUUGACUACAAGCCUGUCCAAAUGCCUACCAGGCCAAACGAUAAGCAAAUUUUGUCGGUAAUCUAACUCCUGACCAUCUAGCUAUACACAAAAAGUUGGUGGUUACUUACUUAAUAUGCUCACUCAUCGCCAACAAGAUUUCCACAGUCUAGUAAUCGUCGAACAUUUCUCAUUUCCCGGCUUUAUCCGUCAAAGCUCCUUAAUUAUUUCCAGUUCUCGUUUUUUGUAAAUAAGAAUUUAUUAUUUUAAGGUUCGUGUUGCGGAUGGCAAGAAAGAAAAGAUUUUUCAGUUUGAUCAAGUUUUGCCACCGGAGGCCUCAAAUGAAGAGGUAAGAGGACAAUCUAAUCAUUUUUGUCUUUUUUUUCUGUAAGAAAAAAGUUAAUUAUCUGAAGCUAUUACAUGUAUUCAGCCAUAUGGACAUCUCCGUUGCGUUAACCGUUGGAAACAGUAUUUUGGUUAAUGUCUUGAACAAAGAAAAAUUUAUGUUUAUGGUAUAAUAUAAGAAGUCAUACCGCAUUUGUGGGAACGUGCUUGGUAAUAGGUAAUACUUUUGCAACCGGCAGUGUUGCUGGACUGAGGAUCUGAGUGAGGGAGUGCUUUUUCAAGUUGACAGGCGUAGGGAGCGGCAAAGAAGUCCGCGCAGCCUGAUUGGGCGCCCAUAUUGAGGCCGAAUGAAGCAUGCAGUCGCGCUCGAGAAAAUCCGCUAGGUACGCGGGCUAUAUAUAUUUUAAAAUCAAUUUCAAACGUUCGUAGUAACCGACAUAGCACUCUGGUAGUGGCCAAUUGAGGUCACAUGACAUGUAACAAAAUAUAUUUGUUAAAAGAUUCUCAGCCACAAAACUGCAGACUCUUUCCUCGGGAACGGAAUGAGGUACUCUUGUAUUAUCAUAUAUCUUCUUGUGUUGUUAGGUGUACCAAGUGGUUGGUAAACCACUGGUUGAAGCCUCUAUGACAGGCCUCAACAGCAUCUUGAUGGCUUACGGACAGACUGGGGCAGGUAGGAUUCAUUCAGCCGUAUUGUCCUUUAUCGUUCUUGAAACAGAAAUUGUAUAUUAAAAUGAUCAAGGUUUCGCUUUGUAUAUUUAGAAAACAGAAUUACUCGCUUUGAAAACAGAAUUACUUCCUUGAUCCUCCUUCUAAGGAUAUGAAGUAUUUCUUUGACUGGAUUAGCUAAAAAAAUGAUUGUCUUCGAUUUCCUGGUACAAGCUAAAUCAACUUGGCUUAAAAAUAGUCUCAUUCUUUUACAUCUAAAAUUACAGGUAAAACUCACACUCUGAUGGCAUCUGCAGACGGGUUGACGACUAGUGUGGUGUCCCAUGUCUUUGCGCUCAUCGGCAAGGACGCCGCUCAUUCAUAUGCGGUAAGUAUAAACUGCGUCUGUUUUGAAACCUACUUGGGGGUAUAGAAAAAGAUCACGUCGUUCUAAAACAGCCGUAUUAUUCGUUAUGCUAAAAAGAGGGGAUAAAGCCUUAGCCGUGUAUUUGAUUCGGCUGAGCCUUGGGAAACUUGCUUAAAACGCAGUGGCAUCCAAAAUCCCGUCUGCCAAGACUUGGAAGCUAUUCCGAAGAGAAUCUGUAAUUAAGCUAUGUUUUCUGCGUGGAAAUCAGUUUUAGUCCCCUACAGAGUAUAUACUAAGGAAUUGGAACUUGGUCAAGUAAAAAAAAAGAAAAAAAAAAACGCACGAUCAAUUCAGAAGAUUAUAAUCCGCUCUCUAAUCUCCCCAAUAGGUUCUUCGUCCAGUGUGGACUCCUUAAUUGUUAGGAUUUUCAAUUCCGUUUCCGUUCCUUCGAGUGUAUGUCAGCUAGUGUAAACCCCAGGUACAUUGUGCUUAUGCUGGUGUAAACUACAAUCUUCAUUCUUGCAGGUGACUUGCUCAUACUUACAGAUUUACCAGGAACGUGUUUACGAUCUCCUGGCAUCUGAAAAAUCAGGAACAGAAGUGUUCUUAAGAGAACAUCCAAAGAAAGGUACAUUGAGAUUAUGAAUUGGAAUAACUCGUUCACUUUUAGUGUGCCAACAGGCUCCCUUCUCCCUUCUGAUUCCCCCACUUGGCGGUAACUGGGGCGAAUAGGCAAAGCGAAAUCUAGCCCAAAAUCCGACACGAGAGCCCCUUAGGCUGUAAGUGUCUUUUUCGGAACUCCCGCUUUAAGCGUAAUUUUCUCGUUUAGUGAAUGCCAGCCAAUCUCCCCCCCUCCCCUCCCCCUCGCCUCUGUUGAUUAGUUAACGGAAAUAAGGCAAUUGAUUUGUUAUGAUUUGCAUUGUUACGCACUGAUAGUUUCCCGCUUCUUUUCGUCCACGAAUGUAAUUUAUUGCUGCCUCCUGUUCGCAAGCAUUUUCCCGCCAUUUUAAGUUCCCACUUGUUAUUAUUUAGUAGGGAUAUCUGUUCAGUCAUUUUCGCUGGUAAUUUAUCAGAGUAUUAGUUUGGAUUUGGGUAUUUCCAAUUAACUCUCAGAAUAGAACAACUCACUCUAAGAACUUCCUAACUUGUUUUGGCACAAGGUAACACAUGGAAUCUGUUUACGCUCCUUUAAUAAAAUGGCUUUUCAGUUUUACAUUGAUUAAAAGGUGGCACGCUAUCUUCUGGUCAACCGCCAGAUUUUGUUUCCGUUUUGUUUUGUUAUUUUUGUUAUUUAUUAUUUUUUUUGUGAAAGAUAAACAACGGUUUUCACAGUAUAAAAUCGACUGGUUGUAGGAAAUAAUCUAUCAAGAAUCGAAGCGUGACAACAUAAACGCAUUAUUCGAUUUUAGCGCUCGAACUGCUGUUUCCUAUAUAUUUGCCACCCUCCCUCAGCUCCCACCUGGAAGGCUUUUGGGUUUUACUUAAUUUAAUAAAGCCCAAUUAUUACUCCUCAACGACCAUAAGGUGAUUUUGGUUUUUCUCCAUUAGGUGUUUACGUGGAAAACCUAUCAGAAUAUUCGGUGAAGAGUCCAGAGGAGAUUGUAAGGUUGCUGAAGUCUGGUAAAAGGAGACUGGCCGUGGCUGAAACGAAAAUGAACAGGCAGUCUAGCAGGUUGGUGUGAAAAAUAAAGAAAAAACGGUGUCUCAGUAAUUGGAUGAUAAUAUUCGACCAUUAAAAAUUUUUUCACCACUCCUAGAAAAAAAAGCUUACAUACAGUGCUCGUGGGUUUUUCUUUGUUUCUUUCUUCCUUUUUUUUCUUUCUUUUUUUUUUCCAGCUUCAGCACUUGAAUAACAGAUAUAAGAACUCAUCUAGUAGUGGUAAAAGCUUUUGAUAGUUCUCAGAUAGUUUAAAAAGUGCCCUCGAAGUUUUCCUGUUUUUAUUGAUCGGAGACAAGAGCCAGGUUUAUAGGACUCUUGUCGGAGAUUAUUCUCUUACGGCUUCCAACAAGUGAAUAUAAGCCAUAUUGCCAGCACAAUUCACUGUUAUUGCGUUUUAAUUUUGUAGUAGUGACUCUUGUAACGAAUAAGAAAAUACAAAGAACAAAAGAGCGCUCGGGGGGGAGGGGUGUUGCUUGGUGCUCUGGCGUGUUAUUGGUAAGCUAACUGGACGAGAUUUUUCCUUAUUUCAGAUCCCAUGCCGUGUGCUUACUCAAGAUUGAGAGACUCAGUGUCCCUCGCCGCUAUGGAGGUCUGUCAGAUAUUUUGUAAUUCUGUUCUUUUCUUUUCUAAAGUUUUGUUUGUAUCGGGGCUUGUUUGUUUUGAAAGAUUGGGUGUUUGGUCUGCACUUUCGCCAGAGUCAUUUUCUGUUUCAUAAGAGGCUUUUUUUUUCCUCCAGGCAUAACAGAUUCUUUGAGUAGUUAUGAGUCUUACUACAUGUCAGGCAAUUCAGACGCUGACACUUCAAGCGAUAGUGGCUCCCUGGACGCACUCAGUUCUUACCACUGUGAUGUAAGUUAUAUUAUUAAUAGAUCGUUUUUGUGACUCAAAGAAGAGGGACCGCAGUGCAUACAACAAGGUUCUUUUAGCACGCAACUUUGGAACAAAAAAAGGUCGUUUCUGAGUUUUCAAACCCUCUCUGGCAAGUUAAGGCCAAUGUAGAGCCUGUCCGAGUUACUUGCAUAACAACUGAACGUUACUUCUACUCAGAGACUUCGCACAAGCGGCUUGGAGCAACUCGAAAACGGUUUAGCCUGUUCACGGACUGCACAAUAUUUUAUGGAAGGAAGAGAAGGCCCGUCACUGAAAGGCUAACCUUUGUAAUGAUACGUUGAGAAGAAUUUAACGAAAAAAUGCAUUUUUAAUAGUAAGAAUGCUUUAAAACUCGACUAACCGUAACCCAGCUGUCGAAAACGAGGCAAAUCAAAAAUCUUAUUUCACAAGUAAAUCUUGAAAAGUUCCUCUUUUUCUUUUCUUUCCUUUAUUUUCUAACCUUUUUAUUUAUUUCAUUUUUAUUUCUAUUUUUUAUAUUAUCUUUAGGAAGAUGAAGAAUUAUUGCGAAGAAUUACAUCUAAGACUCGUGGUCUGGCGGCCGUCAGGGGGAAGCUUUAUGUGUACGUGCUUUUUACAGUUAUAUGACUUAUAUACAUCGAUGCUUAAUCUUGUCUUGGAUCUGAAAGCCAUAUAUGGAGUCCUAGUGUUGUGCCUCUAUAUUGAUGAGCAAGCCCCAUCUUCAAUUAAUCAACACCAACUCAUUAAUUAGUGCCAACAGCUUCCGAUGUAUUCACUAUUCACUGAUACUUAUCGCGUUUCAACUGAUCAAUAUUGCCUUCACUUUUAUUCCAAGAAUUUUAAAGAUCUUUAAAAGUUAGCACUUCCUUACGUUACUAAUAUACCAGUCGAGGAAGUUGGGAAAGAGAAAGUUUCCAAGAUCCCGGAAUCAUCGCCUCUUAGUCAGAGCAUGUUGUCUAGCUGCUUUCAAACAAUAACAGAUAAGAUUGCUAUGAUAACAUUUCAGCAUAAAAAGGAAAAAGCAUUCUGCUUGAAAAAUGAAUCAGUUUUUCCAGGAUUUAUCCAACAAUCGGGGAGAGGGGAGGUGCGGAGAGAAUCUGUACCUAACGAGAGAACGGGUGGGAGAAUGGGGAGAGAACUGGGACUGACAGAAAUGGCAGCUCCUCCCCUCUCUUUUCUGCUUUCUCCCGCGUUCUCAGACUCCUCAGGGUCAGUGUGACCGUUAAAAAAAAGGAGUUGCCUGCGGAAGAGUUUACUUCUCUAGCUACAGUCUCAGACAAAAAUAGUUGGGGCAAAGACCAAACGUUUUUUUUUUUCCUUUUCGUGCUCCCCUUGUCCCUCUCGAAGUUGUUUAUCGCGGUUCAGUCACCAAACCUUGUACCCCAACAUUGAGGGAACAAGGAGACACAAAAGUAUCUCGUUGACUGAGACUGUAGUUUACAGGCAGCUCCCCCUUACAUAAGCACAAACAAAAAGGCCCAGAUAAAACAAAACGUGGGUAAAAUAGAGAGGGACUCGAACAUGGAACAACGCUUUGCGAGUCCAUGAGGCGAUUGACCACACGGCCAUGCUGGGCCCGUUUUAUUUGCCCUUUCACACCUAUUAAUUAUCAGCUGAAACCUCUCCGCUCAUCCGGUAGAUCAGAGUACUGUCAUAUAUUGUUACUAUUGAUAAUAUACCUAUUGUUCGGUUUUAAGUUGCACAAAAUAAAUUUUAGGAUUAUCCUAGCCACAAAUUUGCAAAAAAACAAACAUUUCAGAUAACUCUAAAACACCUAGGCCUUAGAAACCCAUGAUUGAGAUUGAAAUCUCUCCAGUAGUACAUUUCGCAUGUUUCUAACCAGUUAGGAAACUGAGACUUCGAAUUUUGCUUGAACUUAAGGCUUAAGCCGUAUGUGAAGGUUGAAAUAUAUUUGACAAUUAUCCAAAUUAAGACCGUUAUUAAGGCGUUUUAAGAUUGAAAUUUUAGAGAAAAUGAGAUUUUAACCCCAUGGUCCAUGACUAGGAUCUACAAACCCUGCUUUUCCUUUUUCCUCCUUCAUGGUACUGCACAUAAUUUCAUUUUUAGACAAAAUAUCACUACAUAUUUUGGUGCCAAAACUGUGAGUGAUAUUUACAUUCAUAUUUUAUCUCAUUGAUCAAAAGUUUUUUAUAGCUCGUAAUGGUUGAACCUCACCCAGUUCCUCACCCAAAAAUGUGUCAGUGUAUCAGACAAAAUGCACUACUAAAUAAACAACAGGAAGUUCCUUUAACGUCAGAAUGUUGGUUGAUAUUACUAUUUUGUUGCAUUUCACUAAUAUCCAUCCGAUGCCUAGGCUGAAGGCGUUGAUUUCCUAUCAUCAACGAUCGAGAAAUAUCUCAACUACAAAUAUUCCGAGACAUUGAGACUCGAGAUAACUGGAUUAUACACGUUCGUAUCAACUUGAUAGGAAGAUUACAGCAUUAAAAUCUCAUCAGCUGAUUGCUACUAUCGCCUGUUUGUAGCUGUGAUCUGGCGGGAAGUGAAAGAGUGAAGAAAACAAAGGCAGCAGGAGAACGACUUCAAGAGGCUCAGAGCAUCAAUUCAUCUCUUCUGGAGCUGGGGUUAGUAAGUGAAAAAUUAUAGGCACUUUUUUAUGACUAACCCUUAUUUUAAGUGUUUGGAAACUAUAAUGUACGUAAUUAAUUGUAUUAACUCUGUGUUUUUGAAAUUGUGUUGACAGAAUUAGCUUCUAGCACAUUGUUGGCACAAUUAGCUCAUAAUAGGAAUUUAAUUCCAUAGCAAAAUAGCAAAAUUCAUUAUUUUCGCUAGAACUAGGCAAUGCUGGUAGAAACGGCCAAACUGAUGUGUUUCACAGGGAAAAAGAAAAUAAAAAGAAAUACUUGCAAAAAAAACCGCAGCAAACGGCUUAGAAAAAAAAAAUCAGUAAUACCCGCCGCGAAGAACUUUCACUUUUGAUUGCCAGUCAUACUGCGUCUUUAAGUGGUAUGGUCGUCAGAUAAUGUGGGAGUACUGAUAAAACAGAACUGAAAUUAAGGGCAUGAUGAAAACUGACUCAAUAUGGUCAAUUUGACGCAACAGCAGUGUGCUCUUCUAAAACCGCUCAGUAACACAUCUAAACAGAUUUUUCAUGUAGUUUGCAUUUGAUGCCGCGCGUUCAUUAAACUAAGUAUUACAACUGCGUCCGAGAGGACUGGGAGCAACUAUCCGUGGCUCAUGGCUGUGACCAAUAUUUAAUUUCUCCUUGUUCAAUCAACCAGAUAGCUCGUUAUAGUACAGAAAGAGAUCUUGUAAAUCAGUUAAAAUGUAUUGUAAAGGCUCCUCACCCGUAUUAUUCAACGGGGUAUGACGAGCAGAAUGGAGAAUUUACUCCUCUAUAUUAGGGUUAAUCUAAAGGAUUCACGCAAUUCAGCUGCCAAUUUAAACGGUAGCACAUAAUUGAGAAACAUCAGGAGCCGCAUUAAAUAUAUUGGAAAUGCAUAAAAAGCUGGGAGUAGUUGUCUGAAUACGCACACUAUUGCCAAACUUAAACCCUUAUUCCCAUGGAAUUUUCCAAGCCGGAACCUUAUUAAGAAAUGUUAUGUCUAGGAUUUAUAUCUGCUUAAACUAAGUAAAAACUACAAAUCAUCUUGUUUAUUUACAUGUCUGAUCAAGCAAGCGUGUGACCCAUAUCGCGUCUUUAGUCAAAUGAAUACGUCCGAACAAUUUACUGACUCUUCAACUGACCACUUGGAGUCGAUUUAAGAAACCUAAAUGUUCGUCUUCACGCGAUUUACACUAUCUUUUGCGGUAAAGGAAUUUGACUCAACGUAGUGCCAAAUGCACCAUAGAAUCAGUGAAUCAUUUUUCUAGAACCAGAGAUUAUCUCUUGUCUAAAGCCAAUACGAAGGCGUCGGCUGUUGCUACGCGGGAAACUCGGUACAGUGAAACCUAAUAACAAACUAUUCUUUACCCCAGUAAUAGUACUAAAAAAGAACCUCAAUAUAACGAAACCGCCAUAUCAUGAUAGAGCAAACAAUUUUUUCCAGUCCCUUGGCCCUUCGUUGUGUGGAGGUUCCCCUGUAUGACGGUGUGAGAAGAGAAAGAAAGCUACUGACUAUGAUGUCGAUGAGCGUAGCUGGGUAAAACACUCCCGAUUAUUGCAAAGGCCAGCUGCUGCCGGGAGCCUAAAGGAGCAAAGAGUGGUCCAAUGUUUGGGCUCGUCCCUGAUGCUAACUGGUCGCUUUUUUUUUUUUUUUUUUUUCGGUGGUUCAAUUGCUCGUUAAAGUACUAUCAGAAUUCUAAUGUCUAAUUCCCCCUACAAAAUGCAACUCCAGCCGUUUCAAUGCAUUUUUAAGAUACCGCACAAUUAAGAAGGUAAAAGGGUGGGUGAGGCCUGGGGGGAGCCAGUUGCAGCCAUCCUACAAUGUUUAGAGUAGCAGGAAGGCGGACGCUUUUGUCGGUCACAGUGUUCGAGCCAUGAUGGAGAAUCUUAAUUAUAAUAUUGAUCUAUUGCGAAAGCAAAAAAUUCAAAACAUGUUUUAUUACCAUGAAUUAUCAUUCAUUGCUUAGUUAUCAGAAUGCCAACAGACGUUAUAGCAAAACAAAUUACAAAUAUUUUGCUUUGUGUCUGAGCCAUUGGAGAUGACAGAUUUAAUCUUUUUAGGAAUGUGAUUCAGGCUCUCUCAGAAGGAACGAGACGUCAUAUUCCGUACAGAAAUUCAGUGUUGACAAGGUUACUGCAGGACGGACUGGAUGGAAACUCCAAAACCAGCUUAAUAGUAAGUAAAAAGUAUUAUUUUGCAAAUAGUGACCCUUCACUGAACUAGCUAUAGAAUGUUCUGGUUCGACUUCGAGGUUUGGUGUAGAAAAGAUUUUACUGAAAAGAAACAAAUUAUUCUUGAUAAUCAACCUUUGUGGAGACGAACUUUCAAUUUGUUUUUAAAAUCGUUGAGAAGGUAUUAAAGUCCUAAUCAUUUAAAAGGAAACGUGAAAACCUUUGUUGUAACCCAGUGGCCGUUAAGCAGGAGGCCGAAGGGUCCGCUGCCCCCAUUCUGUCGGGGAUUUUUUUCAAAUACAUUUUAAUUUGUUUAAAUUGCAUUAAAUUUUUCAAGGUUAGUGCUGAUAUAGGCUCUGCUAAAGCAGCCGCCUAUCAUGGAUCGUGGCGAUGAGCGAUGAACGAUGAGAGACGGCCCUGUAUUUUAGGCUAAAGCAGUAUGAAUAGGGCUUCGAGCUAUUACGUCGAUCGGUACGCCCGCGGUCUGCAAUGAGUCUCCAUUAUCAACCCAGUAAUCUGAAAAGCUUUUUCCUGUCAGUUAAUACUUCUUUGAUCCUCCGUUGUUUAGGUUUGUGUUUCUCCGUCUUUUUGCGAUGUCAACGAGACCCUGUGUAGUUUAAAGUUUGGUUUGCGAGCAAUGAAAAUUCAUAACGUUGCCCAAGUUAAUGCGAACGAGGUAAGUACGAUGGUUAAGAAAAAGAAAUGAAGGCAGUAAAUUUUCACGCACAAAUUUUGGGAGUAAGUAGUGCUAGCUUGAAAAAGAUGAACAUUUCCAUUCAAGUAUUUGCGCAUGAUCUUUGACCGCUUGGUUUCCAAGGCAACUAUCGCGAUAGCGUCUCGUGAUACCUGCUCACAUGAAAGUACCGCAUGAUUAAAGGUCACUAAAAUGGUCUUAAAAGAUGAAAACUUGUUGAAAACAAACAUAAAAUUAAAAACCGGACAAGAGACAAUACCUCCGCAAUCAUUGACCUGAGGUUCACGAUUACGUCAAUGCCUUUCAAACCUUUCGCAGGCUCCUUAGUGAUGACGUCAGAUAAGCUUUUCGCGCAAGCUAGAAUUUGUGUGCUGUCUUAUACUGCUUAAAUUCAGUUUGGCUAUGCAUGAGGAACAAGACCAAAGAAUUUUUUUGUGUAGGAAGCUAAGCUCCCUCCUCCCCGUUUUAAUGGGUUUGAGUGCGGCCGCCGCUAAGUCAAUACAUCUGGGAAAAUCUGUAAUCACGCAUUGCAACUGUGUGCUACUGAGUGGCCUGAAUUAAUAUGGUGUAUCUGAAAUUGAAAUGCAAAAUAGGAAAACCCAAACCAACUAUAUCAUUUUGAUAAAUAUCGUGAAUGGGUGCCUGUUUGGCGACAUCGUGAAGAGGCAUAUAUGACAGAUAAUUUGUCAAAUUAGCAAUUUAUCAUGGCUCCUUGGACUAAUUCUGAUCAUGAUUUGAUCAAAAUUAUUAGUGUCCACCAUGAUUUUGCCAAUCAGUUCUUUUGCAAAGCAAGCCCGACUCGGCUCAAUUCUCCCCAAUUACUAAAUUGACUGCUUCCCGAAAAAAAUGACGAUUUAAUUUCGGUCAGCCGGGUUCGGUAUACAACAAGAACGAAAGCCCAUCACUUGUCGAGCUUUACACAGGGCGGCGUCCGACCUCUUACGAGCACAUUUGAUGUAAUAUAAUAUAUUUGUAUAAAAUUUGUGCGAUAUAAAUCGAAAUUUGUUACUGCAUCUAAAUGUUCCAUCUGGGAUAUGUAACUACAGGAUAUAAGUUCUGCUUAAAAAGUUGUAGGAGUCAUGAAAAACCUGUCUAUCUUUGGCUACUUAUAUACUUAUUAGUUUGGAAUUUGCGGUAAAAGCUGGGCCCGGGGAAUCUUACGGGUUAAGAUGUGGACAAGGGUACAUCUACUUAGCAACCGCCGCCCUCGCAACCAGUCCGCAAAUACCGAUACAACUACGGCCAAAUGGCUUUGCCGCGCCGGCGAAGUUUAUACAAAAUUCUUAAUCUCAGGGUUGCCAAAUAAAAGGAGCAAGUUCCAGUAAAUUACUUAAUUAAAGCAGACCACCAUUCCUGAGUGAUGAUCAGAGCAGGAUUCGUUGGCAUUAAUCUCCGAAUCGCACACGGAGCUGUGCACUUUUGGCGGGAACUGGGCAUGUUACCAACCCCAGCUGAUUUAUAUGCUUAUGAUAACCUAUGAAUUUAAAAUUUUAAUUUCACGCCUCUAAUGUGUUAAUGAUUACAAUAUGUUUGUGGUAUAUAUUGAUAUACUCAUGGCUCGUCGUCGUAGCCUCUGUCAUUACGUAACACUCGUGUUCCAAGUUUCACCGUGAGUGACCUCUCACCCAAACAGCUGAGAAAUUGCAAAUUUUAUCAUCAAUCAGCAAAAGGUACAACGUUACGUAUGCUUUCAGACUAAACAAACAGUAAGGCAUUAUCUCUUGCUGUUGGCAAUCAGUGAAAUCAACUAAGUUUUUACCAAAAUUUGCGAGAAAUGUAAUAAAUUUUAAGAUGCUUUAGAUUCAAAAAUCUUUAGAAAAGUAGUUUAAGUCAUUUUCUCAUAAUUUUUUUCAUGACGGAAAUGACUGAAAUGAUGGAUGGGGUGAUGCUAUCACUUAUUACAUAUUUCGAAUACUGGAAACAAAUAUGCAUUCAUCUAUUCAAAAUGUAGUCCACGAAAGUCUUCCAACUCUAACAUAGUAUUGUAGCCGAGUUUUCUGUCGUUGUUCGUAAACAACUUACUAAGACAUUUGCUUUUCUCAAUUUCUGAUCAAUAUUGAUAUUGCUUAAUACUGUCAGCAGACAUUCAUUAAAUGACACAGGUGCCUUAGGGCAAAAAUAUAUAUUAAAAAAUGCUGAUAAAAUAAAUCGAAGCAUUAGGGUAUUCAUCUUUUAAAAACCAUCUGGGUCUAUAACAAACAAGCAAAAGGGGGCCUGAUGUCUCAAAACUAGAUAUUUUUGUCCUGGAGAGGAUUUUAAGGCAAAACCGUUCUAUUAAACUAGAUUGGCCGAACGGAUGCUUAAACGUAAGUUGAACUGAAGACCCUAGACCCUUUUCCCUGCUUUCAGAGUGGAAAGUUUUACUGUUGUGAAAACAUUGUUAGUUAUAUCAUGGCAUUUUGGAUGAACUCUUCAGUUGUGGCCCUGUCAAAAUCCUUGAAAAAUACUGUUCUUGAAAUUAAAUGAAGUCCGAAUUUAUUGCAUCUAGAAUUAGGAUUUUAACUCCGCUUUCCAGUUUUGCCUGAGGUAAUUUUGUAAACUGUCCGGAAUUUUUUUUUCUCCCAUGCAAAGGCAGUCAAAAUACACCAAAAGAAUAAUUUGCUUAUUUGUUAUGCAGAAGUAAUUUGCCAAUGAGGUUUUGUUAGCGUUAUUUGAGCGUCAGCUAGUCAAAAUUUAUUCAUUUGUUAAAUUAAGGUAAUCAUUCACUUUAUUAAGUGCGGUGUUCGUUGUCUAUCGUCUCCAAUGUUUUGAAGGAUCGACACUUUCAGGUGACGAGUCGCUGCUGGAAUGUGUUUUCAACAGAUCAAAUCACCGUUUUUGUCCAUGUUUCUAUAAGCGGAAGAAACAAGAAUGUGAGAAUGUAUCGUUGCUCGUCACCGAGGAGUGGGAAGACUGACCGAGAUUCGCUACUCUCUUCCUGACGAAUCGUCUGCAUGUAAGCGGUAACUUUGACUAUAGCUCUUUGCGUUAAAAGGUAGCUCGGCAAUGAGAAAGGACUAAUCAGCGUUUCUGCCAUUUGCAGCCAUGUUUACCAAAAUAUGUUUCAUAUUUAUCAAACAUCUGAACUGUGCGCGCAGAACCCGGUAUUGAGUAUUGCAAACAAACUUGACAGUCGAACAUUUAAGACAAGUGGCUUGCAUUAUCAGUAAGGAACUUACGGUAUUGUUUGGUUGCUGAGCUCCAAACAAGCUUUCGCCACUGCGCGAAAUAACAACAUUGGGAAUCCGCUGUUUUACAAUAAUGUGUUUGUACAACUGCAUCAUGUGUUUCCCUUACAGAUCGACUUCGAGAAAAUGGCCAAGCAGCUCAGUGAAACAUUAGAAGGAAGAGGUUAGUGAGUGGUGAAUCUGCUAUCUAUGUGUAGUUAUCAUGCACUUUGAGGUUUGUGGAAGAAUCCAGGUAGCACAGUUUUCUAAUUUCGAAAUCAAUGAAAAAUGAAAUUGAAUAUUUAUUUCACCGGUUGAGUAACUUCUGCUAUUUUCAUCUGUGGAACGCCUGAUCACGUCUUUGAACAGAGGUUGAUAAUGCUUUAUUUGUUAAUCAGAUUUUAGUGUUUUGCGGUUUCGGCGGAUUCGAAGCUUAGAGCUAUUCACAAACCAACAAAAGGGGUUUCCUUUCAUUUCUAUUCAGUCCUAAAUUGCAAUUUAGGCUGCCGACGCAUAAAAAUAAAGGAAAAACAAGGGAAAAAAAGAAUAGAUCUAGAUCAUUUUCAAUGCAAACAUGCUUUAGAACACACGCCGCGAGCCUUUGUGUACAGGGUAGUUUUAAAUAAACACAACAGAAGUUUUGAACAAAAUGUUUCAGCAGCUUCACCAGACCUCAGGUCCUUGUUUAUAUCUCCACGCGUGAUCGUAUUACCUUACCUGAUGAUAACAUUCGCAUAUGUAUUUUUAGCGGAAAACCCCCGCUGUUUGGGUCACACUCGCCUAUCAUGUAAAGUGUUUGGCACUAAACAAGCCAUUGCAAAGGUUUUUGAAUUAUUAUGCAAAAAGGGGGGAUUAUGGAUCAAGUAACGAAAAGUGAAGUGCAAUUAUUCUUUAUUACAAUCAUAACCUUAAUUUUGUGCCUCCGAAAAAGAGCUAGAAAGCUCUUAAGUCCCACUUUGUAUGUUAAGUGCUGUAUUGCAAUACCACAUUAUGUGCAGGAGACGCUGUUUUUGAAUCUCCGUAAGUGAUAGAGCCUUAGAUUGUGAUCUACUAGCGUGGACUCAUUUGCAACAUACACAUUUUGCCCCCAGCUUUGGCCUUCAUUUUCGCCCGCAAAUGCGACGGCUGUACGCCUGAGCUGGAAAUGAAUCUACCCAUAGUACUUUGUCCUUCAUCUGCAGUCAGUUGCUGCAACAAAUUCUUCGGUUGUUUGUCUAUAACCUAUCAAUCGCCUUCAGCGAUGAUCUUAAGGAUAUUGUCCUCCACUGUUAUGCUGUGAAAUUCUUACGAUAGGAGUAUUGCUUUGAUACUUUCCGCAGAAAAAGAUGACUGUGGGCGCAGUUAGUGUAUAUACGUGUACAACAAUGUAUCAGGCUGAGCGCGCGCUAAGUUUAGCCGAUCAACCUCUAAGCAUUGGAUAAUAUUGCGUUACUAUUAAAUCCAGAAACAGGCAAUACAUACCCUCCUUCUCAUUUAAAAAACCACGGGGAGAAAAAAAGACUUUGGUUUAUAAGCCAUUGUGAGGAAGAAGUCAGUGCCCUCUUUGUGAUUAACGGCAUAUUUCAUUGACCAUAAAUAAAAGGCCAAACUUAAUUGUUGGUGUUGCGUCGCUAUCCAAGUGGCUACUGUGAUGAUAUAUUAACUUGUUAAUCUUAAAUGACAGUUAAAAAGGAGCCAAAAAAAGUGAUCUUUCACGAUAGUUUUAACAUCUGCUUAAUGACCCUCUUAAGUUUGAGAAAAUCAGCUUCCAUAGAAUUCGUCCUUAGGAUUAACAAAAUACCUGAAAUUCUUGGUCGGUUUACGUGCGUGGCAUAUUUCUUACAAUGUACUGGCUCAAUAACUUUCAUGCCAAUAUUUCUUUUCAUGCCACGAGGAGGAUUUUCCAGUAGGAUGACGAAGAUACAAAUUAAUUUUACAAAGCUGGACAUUUGAAUAACCCUUGAACCUCUCGUUUUUCAACAAUACCAAAAUCUUCCACAUCACCUUUAGUUACAUAUGUAUCACUUAGUAAUCUCCAUCUCCCCGUUCAGAACUCUAAAGCCGGAACAUUUAGAAUGUUCAUCAUGGAUAAGAAGCUGCUUUCACGAUUUUCAUUCUCGGAUGGUCUGUGAGUUCAACUGAAUGAUUCAAUUUCCCCUAUUUCUAAGUAAGCGCGGAUUGGGUAUUUCAUAUCGCAGUUGGCCUUUUUCCCUUUCUUCAAAAACAUAUGCCGGUUAAACAAGUAUAAGUUAUUGUAGCUUUUGCCAGGGCCAAAAGUCUUUGAGAUUCCGGACUUUACUCUACUGUUCUGUCGUUUUAAGCCCAAAACCGCCAGAAAAUUUGUUACCUUCCUUCCGAAGGUAUUUCCUUUUUUAAAUCCAUCGUAUUAUUUCUCACAUUGCGGUUCGACCGAAGUCUUCUCCGGCUUGAUUUAUGAAAGGAUGUGGUAAACACUUGUCACUGUAGUAUGUAACGCCCUCUUUCCGUGAUAUAAAAAGAAAACCAUUGAACAGUGCAGUGAACGCUCUCUUGACUUUUGGACACUAAUAUGUAUCCUAAAGUUAAAAAUAGCAAGCACUAUGUAAUGUUGAUGUCUGGGUUACGUCAUCUGUGGGUGUCCUGUGGUUUCGAUUUCUAUGAAAAGACGCCAAAAUCUUUUGGCCAAAGGUUGGGACAUUUUCGUUUUGAAAAAGAACGUACUUAAGCUUCAUGUUGCUGUUUUAUUUCUCUUGAAAGGUUUUCAUUCCACAACGGGAGAUCUAACAGCUGCCAAUCACAGACUUGUGCUAAUAACAACAUCUUUUUCUUGAUAAGAGAAAAAAAUACGCUCCUGUUAACGAUAAAAGAACCUCUUAAAAAAUCAUGACACCUUAGCUUGAAUUCCUCCUAUGUUUAAUCUAUCUCGGGGUCUUUCUGGCGCGAGAGCGCGGCGUAAAGUUUCUUAUCUUAACAACGCACUAGCGAUGCUUCUUACUUUGCAUUAUCUUCAUUCAAGAUCAUCACAGAAGAAAUUAUCCCCAAAUACGCCUCCUAAGCCAAGUACGAAGUAUCGCGUGCUGCGAGCACCAUAGUUUGACAAACCCUUGUUGCUUUCUGUAUCGUUCUUACAUAGAUAUGAAAACUCUUAAACACAUCUGAUAACAAAAAGGAAAUAUGUCCACCAGCCACCGCUGAGCUAAAAACAGUUGUAAUCUUUUGUCGUCCCAGGGAAUCACGCAGCUUCCAUGUUUGAAAGUUGUGUUGCUAGGAAAAACAUAUAUUAGGACUGUAGUUGCUUUUCUCGCAAAUCAGCUGGCUGUAAGCUGACUAGUAUUCUUAUCUGUAAUCAUCUCAUAUGAAUCACGAACACACCUUGAUCCAAUUGGGAAGUACCGGUUUCUAGUACGUCCGAUCGAAUUCUUGCUCGGAAUUAGCUGUUUUAUAUUUAACAUGUGUACUUAUGAACGAGAGAACAAUUGCUUCCCAUAGUUAAUUUCACUUCGUGAAACAAAAGCUCAGUCAUUUCAGAGCAAGAAUUCCUAUUGGGACCUUUGAUCUUAAAAUUGAGACUCUCGAAUCGGAUUUUUUUGGACUAUGAAUUUCUUAGCUCAAGACCAUUAACGGCUUAGCUUAUCUACUGAAGCGCGCAACCUGUCUCAAUGCGCCCGGCUUGGUUAACUCAAUAUUGUGUGCUGUUCCCUAAAUCGCGUGCAUCGCGUGUGCCGUAAAAUUGCCGGGCAAAGAAAUGCGCUUAUGGAACGAAAACAACAGACAGGGGCACCAUUUAAUUCUGCACCGUUUCGUCUUCGAAGAGUGGAAAAUUCUGGUCAGAACAAUCUCGCAGCAAGCAGAAAUGAGGUCAUUAGAAGGAGAGAAGCUCUUGAACAAAUGGCCAAAGGUAUGAUAGUGUGCUAGAAUUCGCUUUUACAAGUAAUUCAAAAUUCCUCGCCGCUAACUCUUUUAAGGUAGCGAAUCACACAAGGCAUACAAAUAACAUGGUUAAUUACUUGUAAAUGUACCAGAAAUCACUGAGUCUUUUCCUAGCACAGAAUGUUUCCAGCGUCGUAAGUCACGGAAGUAUCGUGACCGGUCACAAAUAUUCCCAUCAUCCGCUGUGACCAAGGCAAGAGCCAUAAUGAGCUCUUGGCCAAGGCCAAUCCAGCUUAAGGUUCAGCGGUAUAUUAGGUAAUUGUACUCGUAAAAAAUCUUUCCAGUUUUUUUUUUUGUUUUUUAGUCAUUUAGGAAUGAGUGCGUUUUAUUCCUUCUCAAUUCUGUGCGUCUCUCAAUAUCGCAAAUACCUUGAGGGCAAAACUGCUUAUCAAAGUAAACAAACCACAUAUGUUGAGCUUGUUAGUCCAUAUAAAGGUAAACAAAUUGCACCUGUUUAGUUUGUUUAUAUUUAUUUUUAGUUUUUUUCAUUUUAUAUUUGCCAAAGAAGGCAAGCAAAGCACAAGACAUACAACAAUUAAGUCGACUAAGAAGAGAGAAGGGGAUGGGGGAGUGGGCAAGGACUCAGUUAAAUCAGCUAAAAGCAGACACGAGAGUUUAUUUUGGUUGGCUUAUAUCCGAAACUCUAGAUGUUGAAUGAAGAAGUGACACUAUCAUGUCGUGAAAUGUCCCAUUCAUUUAUUCUUUUUUUCCCUUCCUUUUACUUGUUUUCCUUCCACGUGCUGCGUGGUGUCUUUAGAGAGGAAACCUUGGUUACCGCCGCCGACUAAAUUUGAUAUUUUGCGGCAGCGGGGGUGGAAAGCUCUUGUUGUUCUUCUUCCCCACCAACUCCGUAAGAACAUAAUCACAUUUUGUCCAGCGUGAUGCGUGUUUUUCGCGUCAAACUGUAGGUCUUCCAUAACGUAUUUCUAUCCAGUCGGUCUUCCUAAUCGAAAUUUAUCAGCUUUGCGCGUUUUUUCAAUUCUGGCUCCAAAGGUGGGUGAUAGGAAGUAGCACCAUGACUGAAAUAUGAAAAAAAGUCUCAAAAAUUAAGCAUAUAGAGCACGAAACCUCAGUUAUAAGGUACAUUUUCUAGCGAACUGUUGCACGGCAGUGUUGAAAACAACACGAACAAAUUAAGCCUUUGUAGAAAGUGGAUGCUCCAAGUACCGUUUUCUCAGUGCAGGUCUGACAAUGCGGAUAUGAUAUUUAUAUAGCUUAUUUUUGACAAAUUGUUAUUCAUUAUUGCAGAACGAGAGUGGAGAAAGCAGAAGUCCGAAUACGAGAGUUACAUCAUGACUUUGGAAGCCGAAAGAGACGCACGGUCAAGACAUGAUGGAAUGGUGAAGGUAACCUUCUGUUUGUUUACUUUCAUAUACCUCAAAACAGCAUUCAGUGGGAUGUCAACCUUCGAUCUUAAAAUCUUGUUAUUAAAAUACGACGACGUGUAAAGGGUCUAACAAGGUUGUAAAAACAAUGAUUACACAUAUGUCAUCAGUUCUAAAUCCAAUUACAAACGAGUAUGGUCACAACAGUUAUUACUCGAUUUGGUGUGCAAUGAGUUAAAGAAGAAUCUUUUUUUUUUACCCUAUAUUGGUCAUCUGUCUAGUUUUUAUUACGGGUACUUUAGAUCAUGUCGCAUGCGAGUAGAAAAGGGCUCGAAGUCCAACCUUAGUUUCAGUAGAAGGAGUCAGGAGUGAUCUUUCUUUUUGAAAUCUAAACUUGUCAAUCAAUUGUUAAUCUUUCGACAAGACAAAUCAGAAUUGCUGAUACUCCUGACCUGACGAAAGAGUGGUCACAAUCCCGAUUUGAGCUGAUAAACAAGACAAAAUGAGGCAUAUUUUAUGGUGGUGGCGCUGCUGGAGGUCUGUGAUGUCACCACCAAUGGUCGCCAUCAUAGCCACCAUGUUGGAUUAUACCCAAGAAUUAUAAUUCAGGUUAAUACCUCAAUAAAUGGUAGUUUUUGCGCGUGACAUGUAAAAUAACACAUAAAUAAACACUUUGCAUCAUUUCAUCUACAAGCUUUACUUUUAUUGUUGAACGAAGUUGACAAAACAUGUAUUUUUACUCAAAAAGGGCUUGACCACCUGCUAACUUAUGACGUCAUAUCUGGUAAGCGUAGUAACUGACCAUCACUAAACUUGUCUCAAAAUGUGCGCGAGGGAUGAACGAACAGCUACUGAAAACAGGAAAAAGCUCAAAUAAACCUCCGAGAGGGCGGUGACACCACCCCCCCUCGUACGUCCGAGGGGUAUUGAAUGAAUUCAUAAAUAGAAGAAGGAUACUAUAUUUUUAAAAGCCAGCAUGUACCUCAGUACUUUACUGUACUGAUACAGAUCAAUAAAUGUUUUAUUGAGUGAGCAAGAUGAAGCAAAUCCUGUGGUUUGAUUGGCUACCCGGGCCAUCUUGCCCGCUCGGAAUUUCCUGCUUUGGUUCCACAAGGAAAACGUUUUCUUUUGGCCAUAAUUAUAAUAAAUCCUUUAUCAAGAUGGCCUGAUAUUGGCCUCGUUAUUUUUUUGCGUUUUCAUUGACCACGACUUGGUCUCGGUCCAUAAAUACGCAAACAUUACUUGGCCAAUACGCAGCCAUCUUGACCUAGUGCUUGGUUAGUAACGGACAUAUUUCAUCUUAAGGACCGGUUAAAUAAAAUAGCGUGAGUUUUUGAAAGAGUUACCUUUGCAACCAUUCCAUUUCGUGCUCAUUUUCUGUUUCCUUUGCUCGUUAAUCAUUGUUUGGCCAACUCAGUGUCCUUUAAACCUCGCAAUAAGAUUCUCAACGGAACAAAGGGAAUGGUUGCAGAAAAUUAACACUUAAUUCUACGUUGCCGUUUGUUAGCCCAACUGGAGCCAGAACCUUAAUCUAGAUAUUUGCAGAGAAUGUUUCUAGGCUUAAAGCUCUCCUCAAUUUAGUAUGUGAAUACAAUGUCUCUGGUUAACCCUCAAUUAUUUGCCAUGGAGACCUCAAACUAAUCAUGACGAGUAUUAGGCUGUCCAGGAGGUAUGCCCUUCAAAACAUAAGAACCUUAGCAUCAAUUGACAAAGUCUACUUAUUUGUACAAAGAUUUUGCUUUAACAUUCACAUACAGCUAUCCCUGAUAUAUCCCUGGUAUAUUUGGCCAAGAAAUGCCAAGAACUUGACAAUUAUGCCCUCAAGAGUUCAAGCACGAAUUUUGCCAUAUUUUGUCUGUUUAAGUGCUGCAAGUAUCGUUUUCAAGGUUAAUGAAUUAAGACCAUGUACUUGAUUGAGUCAGAGGACAAAACAAUUUUCUCUCUCAAGUGAAUAUUUCAGUCAAGUACAUAAGUACUUUAAAUAGUGGCUAAAUCGUCCAUUUUUGGCACAGAUUAACUCUGACUCGCUUGAUCCUGCUGAGAAAGCCCACUUACCAGUGACCCUAGUAAACGGGUCUCUCAAGAAUCAGACCAAGGCGGUGCUGCUUGCAGAACUUGUCUCCAUGGAGUUGUUUUAUGGCCUGGAAGACUUGCUGAAAGCGGGCCCAACGGGAAUGGCUCACGGAUUCACAAGCCCUAAACUGUACAGCAGUCUCACUGACAGAGAUUUACUGUUACAAAGUGCAGAGACACUCUUAGAGGUAGUGGGAAAAUGUAUUGUCUAUAUUCUACUGAUUACACAGUAGGAUCAGAGGGUUACGUCACUAUAAGUGAAACUCAUUUAGGCUUUUGAUAACCAUUUAGUACGAUUCUCAAAUGGCCCUUAUGAAUGAUUACGCCAGACCACCAAAUUUCAUCACCAAGCCUCGUUUGUAAACAAAAUUCUUUGCAUUUGCACUCUUUGUGCAUGGGUAUUCUUUUCAACUCUACUGCCCUGGGAAUCUAUUUACGCAAAACGUUACAACAUUACAAUUUCAAAACGAGGUUUGGUGGUGAAAUGUGCUAGUGUGACGUAAACGUGAAAAAGGGCUAUUCUAAUAAGUCUUAUUUUGGCGUAUGAUAAAAGUUGCAAUUCACUUUAUUUAUUUGAGUGUCAAUGUAUUUAGCACGAAAGUGCUUAUUGGGAAACUAUUUUUACGGGACCACAAUUUUACUAGGUCAGCCGAGACACGAGAAGUUCUAGCCGUUUGCAGGACAGAGGUAGUACCUUCAUUUCUCAGUCAUUCAAAGACCCUCAGUGUUGAUCCCUCCCCGGAAAUAACUCAAUCGACCUUCCGCUCCACAGCCAACCGCUGCCCGGACUGAAAAAAUCCUGCCUUAGAAACUGAAUGGGAAAAAAUAGCCUGUUUAUGAGCCAUCCACUAUAUGCAUGUGGUUGUUAUUUUUGGCGUAAACGUCGGUUUGAAAAAUAAUACCUUAGCUGGCAAGAUUAAGGUCCUGGAAUUAUCCUUUGGCUUCCUUAAUCCAUUUUCCAUUUUUGUUGUUGUUGUUGUUCUUGUCUUUCCUUCUUUUUCUUUCUACCUUGUUUCUUUCUUAAGUUCUUUCUUUGUCUUGAAAUUCUUUAUACUAUAUUACCAGUUAACAGAGUACUUCUUCAUGAAGAGCACGCUUUCCGAUGAUGACAAUAACACAAACACAGCGCAAAGAAAGUUUGAGGCUCAAGAACAGACAACAGAAAAGCCUUACCGAUUUUUGGUUCAAGGUUAGUCAAGAACUUGCUACCUCUUUCCAGGGCGUCGUGGUUGAACAGAUUAGAAAGUGUUUUUAGGAAGUCUUUUUCGGUUUACACAUUACAUCUCACAAAGUACAUCCUUCUUCUGAAACUGUUCAAGGAACGGGUUUUAAGGUCAAGUGAUAAAGACUGUUCUAGACACCUAAUGCGGCGUGUUUAGUCAAGGGAAAAAGGGGUAGACUGCAAAAUCUUCGUCAAGCUUUCAAUCACAUGCACAGCCUAAUUUCAACGGCGGGUAAACAAAGGGUGAAGGGGUAGCUCCGUUAUUCACCGUCUUGCUGCAGCUAGUUACUUCAAAAUAUUCCGAGAGCAAUUAGUUUUUUAAGGUACUUAUAUUUGGCACGCGAUGCACGGCAACAAGAAAUGACGAUUAAAACGACUUCCCGCUGCGAUUGUGAGACUCGGCAAAGUGCCCAAGUUCCGUUAGGUGGUCUUGUGGAAUGGAAAACGCACGAAACACGUUUAGAUUCGAAACUCGGCAUUUGUGGAACAGUUCAAGGUGUUUUUUUUGUCUCAUCCUACGUGCAGCAGAUGACUGUUCGUUGUUCACUUGUUUCAUGUAUAUAACAGCUGCAUUAGAAUAGACAACAAGAAUAGAAAAAACACUUCAAAGAAUUUGUCUAUAUAACUCUUAAUAUCCACAGUAGAUAGCCAUAUAAUGGGACUUCUAUCUGCGAUAUCGUUGUUAAUCAGCGAUAGAGGUUGUGCGAUUCGAGAAAAUGUGUGAUCAGGUUGAAUUCUAAAGAAAUGGUGCAGGUACAAUAUAGGAAAAUUCAUACUUCAAUAAUCGAGAUAAGAUAAAGAUUAAGAUUUGUGAGUGGUUUUAAGGACACCUGCUGUUUUGUUUGCAAAUUCCCGUCUAUUUUCAUUCUACCUGAACGCGUGUAAAAAAUUUGCAUGAUAAAAGACAAGCAAACGAUCGAUGAUUUUUUUGACGGUAGUUGCGUCAACGAAAUAUAAAUGAAGAGCGGACGUGAGUGACAAACCUGAGUUGUGGAUAUUUCAAAUGUUUGUUUUUCCCGGCUUAUUUCUAAAACAAUAGUCCAUCGCAUCGUUUACACUUGCUUAUUGGAUGAACAUCAGUACAUACACAUGUACAAGUGGAAUAUGAAUGUUCAAAUCGACAAACUGUAAGCAGUCGCCAUAUAUGGUCAGUAUUUGCAUAUUAUCGACACAUUUCCUACUUCAUGGUAUUAUGACAAAUUUUUACAAGAUAACCAAUCACGUAAUAUACAGCUGAUCAUAUUUACUAGUAAAUAAUUGUGAGAUCGCUUCUUUCUCAGGACAAGGCACACUGCACAGCACACCGAGCACCGAGUCGUCUUACGAACGUAAACUACUGCGUGUCAGAGAACGGCUUAGCAGACUAAAGAGAACAACAGACUCAGCUGCUUUGGGUUUUCUUUCUACUUUUCUGGACGCCAAGCUUGAAGAGAAAGAAAAAGGUAAGGACAUACAAACUAUUUUCUUAUUCCUGCCUCUAAGUCAUUAGUAAGCGUAGAGGGUGUUCAAUUUGGGAGUUCAAUUAAAACUUAUUUAGAAUUUUGCUUUGGAAAAUAUCAAGUAACAAGGUAAAGUUUAAUAAUAGCUGGGCGUUCCUCAUCUCUAAAACUAACUGCAGGAUAAGCCACAGCAGGUCUCCUUAACUGAAAAAAAAAUCACUUUUUCUGUAGACAAGUGUUGCACACUAGCGCUGUUAAAAGAUUUUUCUUAAACCAUGCCCCACGAACAACUUCCCAGUGUUCUCUAUUUAACUUUCAACCUCGCCCCGGUCUCUAAGAGGAGAGGUCCUGGGAAAGAGGUUGACUAUCUUAUCGCGCCACCUUCAUCCACUAUUUGCAAGCACGUCUAAUGAAGAACAAUCACAAGACCAUCCGUCAAUUUCCAAAGAAUAAAAGCGAAGUGGUCAGAGCAUUAUAAAACUGAUAAAUGAUAUCGCCCUUAGCUUUUAUUUACGUCUGGCGCGCCUGAUUAAUGAUCAUACGAUAGGCAUUAGCAAUCGAAAUGCAAGAGUAAGGAAGAGAACAUUUUAAAUUUUAAUUUCUUUCCCUGGGCAAGUUGUUGUUUUAGAGAGUGAGAAGCACAAAAGUUAACUAAACAAACAUACUGUCUAUCUAUUUCUGUUUACAUAUAUCAGUUAACGACAGCAAGCUAGCCCACAUGAUUUAUAGGGGAAUUCUUGUUUACAUUUUUUGCCUCAUUAACAUAUGCUUGUCAUUAUCUGAUAAAGCUAAUAAAAUAAAACUUUUGAAUAUUGAGAGAGCAAAACAAUUCCUGUUAUAUCUGAAAAAUUUUUUUUCGAUGUAGCGAAAAAAAAGAUUCGGAGAAAUUAUUUUUGAGAAAGUGGAAAAUUUACAAAGAAUGUGCAUGAGCUCAUUAACAUUUUUGCCACCCAGCAAUUUCGCAGUUUUUGAUAGCCUAUAUUUCCUUUGUUAUUGAUUGAAAAGAACUGAAAAUUGCUCAAACUGCUCAAAUUAACCAGCUCUCUCAAUUUUUUAACCUAACUGUAUAAACCGUGACGUUUACUAAAGGUUAACUUGACUAUGCUAAUAAGCAAAACUGUAAACAAUGACGUCAGCAGGGAUUCGUUUUUCUUUCAUUAUGCCAAACUGGGCAAGUCAUCCAAUCUUACCGUCAAAUCCGAAUUACAAGAGUUGUUGUUGUAAUGUUUUUGUUUAUUUGUUUGUUUUCAUUAAUCAUUCGCUUAACUUGACAGUAAAUACGUUACACUGACUCUGCACUGUAACAGACCAAAGUUAAACUCUAAUGACCUAUGUUAAGUCAUUUGUUUACUUUUUGCAGGCUUACGAGAUUAUAAGAAGAGGCUGUAUGAUCUUCUAAAACUCUUGGUUACGUCUCAAGAUUCUUCGGCCGGUACGUGUUAACUUGUCAGCGUUCUUGAUUUAUUGGUUAACACAAUUCAUGUUUUACUAAACCGCAGAAUGACAGUGGUGAGAUUAAUUCGAGUGAGGUAUACGGCGUAUAUUGUAGGACAAAAUAACAUUUAAGGCAACUGUUACAAUAAUUUGGACCGCAGACCCAGUGCUGAAUCUCGACAAAUCUUACAAAUCUCGAACUCAUUGUUCCCCUCAGUCUCCCGAAUUUCGAAGUUUAAGAAGACUGGACCUAAGGAAAGCUCAGCAUUGGGGCUCGUAUCCACGUUUUUUUUUUUUUCAACUUUUGACUACGACCAGUUAACGAGAAUACGUCACCACCACCGGAAAGAACCUCUUAAAAUCCGUAAAGGUGCAAAGUCUAAGAGUGGUUUGUUGAAAACUACGAAGAUACUGCUUCGCGAAUCGCGAAAUUUUACAGACGUUUGAUUGGUGGGGCUCAAGUUCUUGACCUCUACCAUACCAGCAAAGUUCCGUAAAAUUUCGCGGCUUCGCAGAGCUAUAUCCUCGAUCGCUUCAGAGACGCAUCACGGUUUCAAGCUAAAAAAGCUUCAGUUACUAAUUUUAAGGCGUCAUAAUAUAAAAGGACCAAAUCCUAAUAAAGAAUCUAAUCAACUAUAAAUUGAAAUACCGAAGAAAAGAAACCUAGUCAUUGUAUGUAAGACCCUGAAGAAGGAAGGCCGUUCCUUCCGAAAUAUUCUUGGUAACAAAAAAUAUAUAUUCUCGACUGUAAUAUCAGCCUUGCCUCUAUUGGAUAUUUGCAAACCAGCCUUUAUGAAAGGUCUUUUCUUCAUAACUUGUACAUUUAAAAAAUAUUGUUUCGAGCGUUUUAGAUUGUAGAGUCAUUAUAGUAUAGUACCUGUUAAGUUUGCGAACGCCUGAUAUGGUCGACGUCGCGUUCAAAGAAUGAAUAUGAUCUUGAUUAAUCUCCAUCAAUAUGUCACUACACAAGGACGUAAAAAGGCUGUAGAACACAUGUUGUUUCUGAUGAAUUUAAUAAUUGAUUGUCAAGGUCUUUAAAUUGGCUAAGUGCUCACUUGACCUUUCUAUGUCAUUUCCGUUAUUUAUUUUAUUUUUAUUUUGUUUUAUAUUUUUUUUUACUAGUUGACAAACUUUUAGCUGAAGAUUCUAAGAAUACGCGCGGGAAAACAAGAAAUUUACUUAUAAAAACCUGAGAGCUAUAAUUAAGUGGAAAAAAGAACUUUAAAAGUUCAAAAAUAGAUUACAAAAUAGUUGAAUCAAAAGUGCUUUCUCUCUCGUUUGGAAAAUAAAGGGUUCUUUCUAGUGGCCAUACAUAAAGUCUGGUUCCUAGGUUUUGGAGCACUGCUGAAAAGCCUUAUCAACAGCGUUUCAGGACUAGGGUCUUACGCAGACUGGGUCUAGCUAUUGUAUUAAUACCAGUGCUGUGUGCUUAGAAUACAUGCAGUCUUUCUCUGCGUCUAGCUAAAUGAACGAAUUGAGAGGCAAGCGCCUAUUUAUAGGGCAAUGAUAAUGAAAUUCGACUACGGUGAUAGGGUACAGAAAACGUUUUUCUUGUAAAUAAUGCUACCUCAGUGAGUCCAGCGCUUUUUGUCACUGAUUCGAUCUCUUUAUAUUCACUGUGAGUAAUCCUGAAUGCUGUAUGCAAAAAGGCAUUCCUAUUACUGAUGAUAUUAACGAACUAUAAUCAUGUAUUCUCUACCAAGAUGACGACAGAAUCAACUCUUUGAGGCUUGAGCAAUCCCUUUGUCAUGUGCUCAUGGACAAAGCGCUACUGAACUGCAUCUUGCUAUUGGACAAGGCCGACAUGGAGUCCAGGAUGAAAACACUAGCCGUGCCCCAAUCGCAUUUUGACUAUUCAGGUAUGUUUCAUUUAAAUUGACACACUUAAGACUAUCUUAAGGCUCAACCCACGUUAAAAUGACAAAUACAGACGUCCGCAUAAAAUUUUAAUGUGUGAUUAUAUGUAACAAAUUAAUGCAACCUGUUUUUGUAACAUUGAUGAAAAUCAGUGUUGAUCGUUUUACUACCCGCACAAGUAACUUGGUGUACAACAUCACUUCUUCGAAAGUGAAGAAUGAUCAUCGCAGUAAAUUUUCCAAUUUAAGCAAUUGGAAAGAAGAAGCCUGAAAAAAAUCAGGGCUUCACAUCAUUACUUCUUCGGUUCAGGUUGCAAUUUUUGCUGCGUAAAUUAGACGGCUUUUCUAUUUUCUGAAACAAGUAGCUGCAACAAAAUUGUUUCGCAACAAGUGAAGCGCUCGGGUGGAAAAACGAGAGAUGGGUGUUCAAAUCAUGACUGUGUCCAUGUGUAUUUCUAAAUUGCACUCUAUCAUAAACUACGCAGACACACUUGCUUCCAUUUGAAGUUCAGUAUACAUGUCUUAUUCAUCUGAAGUGACGUGUACAUGCAUACGUAAUCAUUGUUCUUUCAGGAAUUAUCAGUAUGACACCCAUACAAUUUGAUUGUUCGAGUCAGUCUAGCGAUGACUUUGUCCCUUCUCCACCCCUCUCAGGAACAGGGCGCCUGACAUCUGUUGACGAGGGUGUGGUACUGGAGAGCUCGAGUGACAGCACCAACAGCCGCGAGAAGCUAACCUCACACCUGGAAAACGCAACGGAGGAGCUGGAAGCGGAAAACAAGCGGUUGUACGAAAGGAAUGAAGAGUUACGAAAACGACAUCUACAAGUAGAGGAAGAGAAGAGUGAACUAACACUCAAAGCACUUGAACUCGAAAGAAAUCUUGAAAGAAACGAGAAGAAACUACACAGUUAUAGGCAGUUAGAAACGACCGACAUGAUCGAUUUGCAAGACAAAGUGGAAGAGAAAGAAUUUGAAACAUGCGAGUUGCUAGCGCGCGUGGAAGAACUCGAGGAUGAGCUUCAGGCGAAAGUUCAAGCCACCAGUUUACUUAAAGAAAACGAGCGGCAGCUAAGAGGGCAGCUGUCUGAAGAAAGGAAACAUUUUGAAGAUCUUGAAGAGCAAAACGCGAAAUUGAAAUUGAAAUUUAAACAUCUCGAGGAUAGAUUUGAGGAAAAUGAGCUGAAACUUGCUUCAUACACAAAGUCAGAAUCACUCGAUAGUAACAAAGUUAUGAAGCAGUUGGAGAGUUUAAUUGCGGAGAACAAAACACUUAACUUAAGAAUAUUUCAGCUUCAAGGGGAACUAACAGAAAAGAGUGACAUUUCAUCCGCAAAACAAAAUGAAACAGGGGACUUAAAAUUCACCGAAGAUCAAAACAAGAACUUAGAGAGAAAAAUCAUUGAUCUUGAAGUGAAGCUGAAAGAGCAACAAGUAAAAAUUCUAAGUGUCAAAGAAUAUGAACGUAGACUCCGUGCCGAGUUGUGCAAAGAGAUGACAAAGAAGUUAACUAAGGCUCAAACUCGAAGUCGCGAACUUGGGGAAAAAAUCCUUGAGUUAGAGGCUAAGCUACGGGAUGCAGAGCAGCAAUAUAACACCGUACAAGGCUUGGACCUGAAUACGAGGAGUGCUAUGCUUGAUGAUAUAAGAGCGUUGAAAGACAAGCUACAGUAUUCUGAGUCUCGAAAUAAGGAGCUCAAUCUCAGCGUUCAGGAUGCUGAAGAACGCCUUCGUCUUUCACAGAGAGAAGUGCUUUUAGUGAAACAAUCUGAAAUUGACUUGCGAGAGAAGGUUCAGUUGUUAGAGUCGGAAAACUGUAGGAUUCAAGACAAAUUACGUACCUCGAAAGAGGAGAGAACAACCCGCCCUCCCACAGGUAGGACUGCAGAUAGACUUGAAAAACUACGAAAGGAAAAUGCAAACCUUUCCUUAGAGCUGAAAUCUUUCAGGGAGAACAUUUUAAAACUAGAAAGUGAUUUGCUAAGAAAGGACCAGGAAAUUCUUACCCUAAGAAAUGAAUCGGUGGACUUGUCAAGUGAGCUGUGCAAGUUGAGAAACGAACUGGAUGAAGGCGUGAAAAACAAAACUGAUGAACUAAAGAAAUCCUCGGAGGCACAAGCGAAACUUGCUUCGAGACUUGCUUUAUUGGAAAGAGAAUUGACAGAACUGCGCAGGAGCAAAACGCAAGAGAGCGAUCGAGUGGUUGAGGUAGUAGAUGGUAGAAGUGAUUCCACAGGAUCAACGUUGUUAAUUAGCGAUGUGAAUUUCGAACUUGCAGUUAACUCUGAAAGCACGGAAUCUUUUCUAGAAAAACCGGAAAACUCUGAUUUUGUUGGCGACUCACAGAUGGACAGGAAACAACUUUUGAAAGAACAGAAACAGUUACAGAUCGUUAUUGGCGAGCUUCAAAAUGAAAAAUCUAGAAUGGCGGACAGGAAUGAGAAACUCCUCCAAGACCUGAAAACUCUGGAAGCCAAUUUGUCAAUUAUAGAGAGCGCAUUUCGUUUAUGUCGUUCAGAAAAUGAAUGUCUGCAGCAAGAGGUUAAUAUAAAGUCGGCUGAAGCUAACACCGUUAGAACGUAUGCUUCUUUUUGCAGCGAGAAAGCAAAUGAACUUCGGUCGGAGAUGGCCGCUCACAGAGAAAACGAAGCCUGUCUGGAGAAGAGAUUAUCCGACUUAGAGAAGGAAUCAGCUCAAGUACGAAAUGAGAUGGGACAUGGGAUGUUGGAAAUGUCAGAGCUUAAAGAAAGGAAAGAGUCGGUAGAAAAGAAAAUUGUGGAUGCGAGCCGUGUUGUUGACCAUUUAAAGCAAGAAAUUGUCGGUCUUGUCAAUGGCAUGUUAACAUUGCAGAGAGAGCUUAAUGUCCACAUUGAUAAGAUGUUAGAUUGUCUUGGAUUAGACGAAAAAAGUGUUCAACACUUUAGAGUCAGACAGCUAUCUGCGGGCUCAAAUGAUAUCUCCACACAAACUGAGGAAUCAGGCAGCGAAGUAAGCAGCGAACUAAGCGAGGUAUUUUUGAGUAGCUCGCCAUUUCCCUUCCGCCUUCUGCCAGACAAAGAAGGCUUUUUAAACCCUUCUGAUGUAAGUGUCAUACGUGAGAGCAAAACCGAGAUUCUUCGCCUACAGGACGAGUUGAAAGCUAAAGUUCUUGCAAUUAAAGACCUCCUGAAUUCUAAUAAAGGCAGUGUGGCAAAAGUUGAUGACGAACGUAGUGGUGAGGUUCAUGCUAAAGCAGCUCUUGGAAUUUUGGCAUUCGGUCCCAAAAAUACGUCUGGGUUACCCCGACUAAGCAAAGCUGAACGCGUGAAGCUUUCGAGUUUACUUUCGAGAUUAAAAGAAGAAUUAGUCCGAGAAAGGAAAACAAAUAGCGAUGGCAGAAGCAGUGGAGAUGGAAACGAUCUUUGCGUUCUUUACGACAAUUUGGAAAGCAAGCUGUCGCGGCUUUCCUGUGAGCUUGCGACAAAAGAGAAUGAGAUCACGGAUUUAUUAAGUGAGAGAACACAGCUCCAAAAUGAAUUGGAGGAGUGCGAGAAGGGUCUUUCGGUUUGCCGGCACUGUAAUUGCAAAGUUUCGCAAGAGCUCGAAGAGAAAAGAAAACGACUGGAAGGAAGUCUUCUUUCACAAGCCCAGGACACCUCGCGGCUUGAAAGCGAGAUUUGCGAGUUCAUGGAAUACAGGCAAAGACUUGAGGGGGAGUUGGAUCUAAUCAAAGGCCAGAUAACUAACCUGGAGGACGAGCUUGAUGUUAGAAAAAUAUUAAUCGAGAGAUGCAUUGGACCGAGGCCCGAAGGAGACGAAAGGUAAAAUGCAGCUAAUAGUAGCUUUCAGGAUACCCUGUUGCCUUCUAAGGAGCUAGGCGAAAAACGUUUCGUUGGGUUUACAUGCAGAGGUUUCGGUCCGUGUGAUGCCUAAGUAGAGAAGGAAUUAAAGAUGGCGGGCGUCAAUAACAAAAAUGCAAUUUGGACCCUUCUGCUCUUUUUACUGGCGUUAAUAACAACCUUUCAGCAAGAUUAUUACAAUAAUCAGCCAGUGGUAACGCCAAACGAAAUGGACGGCCUUUAUUGCCUGCAUGAUUAGCCACUGAACGGCCCGCUGCGAUUUUUGUCUGCCUGGUUUGACCCCAGUACUAGGAUCUUCCUAACGAAGGCAGUUCACCUGGUGCUAGGAUCUUUCUACCUCUCAGCUAGGAAAAUCCUAGUACCAGGAAGAUUCUAGUGCUAGCCAAGUACAACCCUUUGCAUGUAAACUGAAUACAGAAAAAAUAUGGCGCUAGGAUGAUCCGCCCUUGAGGAUUUUACUGGUGCUUCCUCCAUCCAUGUAAACAGCCCCUAAGUGUAGAUGAAGGACUGCGGCAAUAGGGAGAAACAGCAGAGACGGUCAUACGAGAGCUGAUAUAUUUGGCGCGGAUGACAAAAAGCAAAUUUCUCACUCCCUUUUUUCAUGAAUGAAUGCACUCCCCGUCAUGUUAAAAACGCAGAGCCGGUAAAAAGCGGCAAGCAAAUGAUAAAGGGCGGGAAAAUGGUCAAGUCGCCAUCCCUCUCUUUGCCGUUUGCUUAAACGCGAUGCUUUAUGUGCCAUCACUGUAAAAGCAGUUAUCACGUUUGAUUCAUUAACGUCCAGGAAAACAACCAUGGACUAGGAGCACUAUAAGUACAGAGAUGUCAUCGAUUCUCAAAAGGUGGUAGAAACCAAAUUUCAGUGUAUGUUUAGUCGAAGCCGAAUAGUGUUUGUUUUCGGUGUAAUACUUCUCAAAACUGUUGAAUUGCAUUAAUAAAUUCAGGCUUGACAUGACAUUGCUUUACCAUGAUGAUAUUAAAUAACGAUUUCAUUUCUCUGUUUUUUAUCAAACGUACUUUUCUUUCAAAAUAGGGAAAUUACAAACAGCGACUCAUCUAAAGAUGAAACUGACGAUUUCAAGCCAAGUCUGCCUGGGAAAAAGCGGAAGUCUCAGAAACGUGUGACGUUUGAAAACAUCGACAGCAGCGAGACAGUGGAAAAAUCCUUCAAUAAACGUAGACGACAGAAAUCCGACAUUCUAAACGGUCAAGAAAUCGAAGAGUUUCAUUUAAAUCCAAACCGUUGGAAGGAAUCUGACAUGAACGCGAGUGACAUUGACCUUUGUGAGCUCCUAGCAUCAAUCCCGCGGGAUCUCCCGAAAAAAGCACCAACCCCGGAAGAGCUAGAAAUCUCUAAUAUGGCAAAUAGACUCUCGGGCUACGAUAACAUGUCAUUUGAAGAUAAGAUUGAGUAUGCAACAAUAAUAAGGAAGAGCGAAGCAACCGGGCUUGAAGGGUCCAACGAAGCCCAACGUGUUCUAAUAAAUGGAGUUGAUAAGCAUCAUAAAGGCUCUAAUGAAGACGGUCGGGCUGAUCACGAUGAUGAUGGGCAGGUCACGUGCCAAAUGUGCGGCUUGUUUAGGAAACGAAACUAGUUUAGCCAGUGUGUUUUGUCAGUGGCGAAUUGUGAGAGCAAUGAGGUGGACUGGUGAAUAGUAUUGAACAGUGCUUGGUGGUGUGGGAAAAGAGGAUAUUACUUAGCCGCAGGAAGAUAGGAAAUUUCUUUUCGAAUGCGCGAGAAGAAAUUUCUUAUCUACAAGCGGUCAUGUAGUGUUCUAUGUAUUAUAUAAACACCGACUGAAUACCCAACUUUAAGAUUUUUCUCGCUCCGAAAGGUGAGGUUUAUUACGUAAACAAUGAGCAACGGUGAUUUUUCCACGUGUAGAAAUUAUAGCCGGGGUAUUUCAUUGGUGUGUAUAUAAAAAAAAACAAUAGCCCACCUUCUUCAAUACUCCUUCAUGACUGAAAACGCAAUGGUGCGCUAUCACAUGUAUGGAAACUGGGCAUGUCCCCAAAACGCGAUCUUCGCGGGGCACUUGACAUGGACUCGAUGUUUAUGCCUUAGAACGGUUUCAGUUCUUAUGAACUUAAUUUCCUACAGUGCACUUGAAUGAAAGUAGGUAUUAUGAUACCAGCAGUAUGGUAAGUUCCUUAGUGAUUUAAUUAAGCAUUGAACUGAUGCCAGUAACUAUAAAGAAAUGAAUUUAGUCUGAAUGUUUAUUGUAAUUUAUUAAGAAAAGUUUAACACAUAUUUAACGGAGCAACUUAUAUUAUUAUGAGUAACUUACUUGAAUGUAAAUUUACAUGUUAUAUUUGCAAAAGCAAGAAAAAUUCGUACAGUCGAACAGUUACAUUUCAAAGUAACAGAAACAAAAUAGUGAUAAUUAUUGAUUCAAUUAUAUACUUUUGUAUUUCAGUUAUACUUUAACGUAACUAUAUAAUUUAUAGAGAAUACUUCAUGGAAAGUGCUGGCGUACGGUAUUUAAGCACGAGUUAUUGACGUAUCAGAAAUCGAACGAGUGAGCGCAGCGAACGAGUAAGAUUUCUGAUACAAACACAACGAGUGCGUAAAUACCGUACAAAGCACUUUCCAUGUGGUAUUGUGUUUAUUAUGUGCAUACUGAGACAUUCAUCAUUUGGGGGGCCUUUUUAUUUUAAAUCUUUCAAAAGUGCUAAAAUUUGCCGCUACACACUACCACAAAAUGACAACGAAAACGAAGUAUCAGCAUUUUAGUAAAAACGUUUGUUAAAAACAUAAAUGACGGUGAGGAUAUGAGGUAAUCCAAGAACUAUAAGUAAUCUUAACUGUUUGUUCUCAAUGUACAAUUGAAAAUGAGUGAAUUUAAGUAAAAUGGCCGGUUUCAAUUUUAAGCUUAAAUCAUAGUUAUUAGAGGAGACUGGUUAUGAAAAGCGGCAAACAUCAAUGAUAAAAACAACAGUGCUGCAGUUUAUGUUGGAAGCACCCUGAAAGUGCACAAUCCUUUGUUUUCUGUUGGCAAAUUGUUACGGAAUAAAUUAAUGCAACGUUUUUAUUGGUCAAUACAAUCAAAAUGAUAGGAAUUCUUUUGAACGUUGUGCACUUUCAGGUCCACAAAAACAUAUAACAAAUGAGUCUGACGGGUUUCAUAACCAUUCCACUCAAUUAACUAUGCUUAAAUGAAAGGCAAAGUAGCUCCGACAAAAAGCACAACAAAAGCUUACGUCUCGUUCUGUUUAUCCCUUUCCGCUGUUGUUUCGCCGGCUCUCUACCGUUUUCUUUAUCGACAGUGAAACAAACGAAACUAUUCUCAUUUCCGAAAUGUUUUUCACUUUUUUAGCGAGAAAUACUCUUUGAGUACUAAAAAAACUUUUCUCGUUGAAUGUGUGCGAAGCGGCGCUGCUGCAAUAAAAGGCGAGAAUUUUGGCGCGAAACUCACACACCUCUGUGGCUUCUGAUUGGACGUAUCAUUUUUCUCACACGUGAAAAAACAUCGUUCGUGAUUCUGAUUGGACGUAUCAUUUUUUUCACGUGUGAAAACCAUCGUUCGCACCUCUGAUUGGCUAGAACUAAUUUGCGUACGAAAAUUUACGACAUAGCUUUUUGGUGAGUAUUUCUCAGUAUGUAUAUAAUAAUUAUAUUUAUACCAUUCCAAUAUAUGUAUGUGUAAUCAAAGGCGAUGGAAAUUAUCAGGAUUUAUACAAAAGGGAAGUGAAAUUAUUUCCUAAUUGCACGAAAAGUUACCAUUUGAUGAUUACGUAUUAAUAUCGCAGGUGACAAAUUACUCUUACAAUCGAUAACUCCAAGCACUGAAAAGUCCAGAACAUAAAUUUUGGCUUAAGUUGACAAGUUUCUGAAUUUUUCGACAAAACGUCUGUUAGAAUCCAUUUUGAGGUUGUCUUUCUUAUUUUUAGGUUUUGUAAAGCGUCUUUUGCUGCUGCUGCUUUUGCGCUGACAUCACCAUUCAUAACAUUUUUCAUCAUUUUUCUUGGCACUGAGACGUAAUUUCGCGCCAAAAUUAAGAAAUAAUUUGUCACCCAUGGUAUUGAAAGUAAUUUAUAGCAGUUAAAUUAACCAAGUAGUUGUCUUUGUUCGCAGACUAGCUCCCAGACCUUAAUGUUUCGGAAGAUUACGGAUGGAAUUUCAACUUCUAAAUGGUCUAGAGAAAGCCUGCGAAGCUGGCGGGAUUAGCGGGCGAAUGCUGUAGUUUUUGUUGGCCUAGCCUCAUGAAGACUGGGAGCUAGUCAAAUUCGCGACUCGCUUCGCUUGGCGGCUCCGCUGCUAAGAAAGUACCCCAGCAUAACAAUUCCGUCAGCUACGCAGGCUAGUCUAGAAACAAGAACGUUAAUAAUCAACGACAUGGAGACGACUCGUACAGGCUAACUUAAUGGGAAAAAACUAUCCGAUCGCAAUUCCAAAUUAUGCUAUAAACUUGCAAGUUAUCUUGAACCUUUCUAUAUUUUUGUGUUUUAUUUAUUGUUUGUUUGUUUGUUUGCCUAACCUUGGAAGCCUAGUUGCGAAGAGUUGAUAUUACAACAAGAUAAUUUCCGGGGUCAAUAUAAUAUGAUUACGUUAAAUUUCAAAAAGGCUGAUUAUUGUCUCACCCCAUGUAAGCGAAUCCAAGGCAGUCUUGGAAUCUUGAUUCCACGUCGUGGAUUCCAGAUUUCAGGUAUUGGAUUUUUGAUUCUGGAUUCCAAUCUUUAUUGGGAUCCGGAUUCUUUACGCCCUAUUCUGGAUUCCAAAGAUCAGGAUUCGGGAUUCCACCAGAAAAAUUACCGAUCCGGGAUCUGGACUCCCCUACUGGGGCGAAUUGUUGGAUGAGGUUGAGAAACUGACUCACACGGAGAGUAAAAACAAAAACAACGGUUAAUGGCAUGUUGACAACCUAUCUGAGACAAAAUAAUUUUCGAGUAUUGCAUCAAUAGCGAUUAUAUAUUUAUUACCCUUCGUAGUAUAAUACUGUAAAAGAUUGUAGUAACGUAUACAUUGAAUAACAACACACAAAAAAGAAGAAAAAAAGUUGUAGUCAUAUUCAGUUCAGUUAUUUCUUAAGAGGUCGUUCGGUGUCUUCGAGGUCGAAAUAUGAGGUCUCGUACUCCCGCUCUUCUACUUCUUCGUAACGGUACUGAAGAUGAAGAUAAACUCGUGAUACACCACUUUAAAAUUAGCUACAAAGACACAGAAUGGCUGUAUUGCUACUUCGUUCUAAGAAGUUAACUGUAAUUGUUAAAUACGGACGCAGCUACUAUACGCACGGUCAAUGAAUCAGUCUUCGAACGCUUAUGCUCAUCAGUAGACCCAAGGGGAUUCUUAGUUUUUGGAUUUGAAAACUUCUGUAACAUUUUGCUUACUUCCCUUACCUUCAUCUCCGUCUAAGCGAUCACCUCGCUAGUAGAUACCUACACCAGUUUGUCCCUGCAUUAUUUACGUAGUCAAUAAUAACUCUCUAUUAGUCGGGGCUUGAGGGUAUGUUCUUGCUAUGUCAAAUCUGGUACCCAGAUCUCAAUGUCGUCUGUCGGUGGCGGUGGUCUGUUUGUAGGCCCGAUUGUCAGAGAUUUGGUUUCAAGG